UAGAAGGGGGAGGAAUUCUACGUUUGUGAAAAGAAUUCAAUUCGUCUGCUCAAGUUCGGAUUUCAGCUCUGCCACAGUCAUGACUGAGGGGACACAUUUGCGGAGGCGUGGUGGUCCUUACAAAACAGAACCAGCCACUGAUCUGACCCGCUGGCGCCUCUCUAAUGUGGAGGGCAGGCAGUCAUGGUGCUACAUGGAGGAUCCAGACUCCCCAGAGAGAGACCAGACGAUGCUGGAAGCCCACUCACUGGGGUUGGACACGUCCAUGUUCGUGCCAGACUCUCCACCUGCCCAGACAGCUGUGGAAGCAGCUUUAAAAGGGAUGAAGUUUUACAGUCAUCUACAGGCUGAGGAUGGGCACUGGGCUGGAGACUAUGGGGGACCUCUAUUCCUGCUCCCAGGUCUCUUGAUCACGUGUCACAUCACCAAAAUCCCUCUACCUGCAGCCUGGAAGAAGGAAAUGGUGAGGUACCUGCGGUCAGUGCAGCUUCCAGACGGAGGCUGGGGUCUUCAUAUUGAAGACAAGUCGACUGUAUUUGGAACAGCCCUCAGCUACACCUCACUGAGGAUCCUGGGAGUGGAGCCGGAUGAUCCCGACAUGGUUCGUGCUCGGAACAACCUGCAUAGUAAAGGUGGAGCGGCUGGCAUUCCAUCUUGGGGUAAAUUUUGGUUGGCUAUUUUGAACGUCUACAGUUGGGAGGGCAUGAACACACUUCUACCAGAGAUGUGGUUGUUCCCGUCAUGGAUGCCAGCUCACCCCUCCACUCUCUGGUGCCACUGUCGUCAGGUUUACCUGCCCAUGAGUUACUGUUAUGCCGUCAGACUGGCAGCUGAGACAGACUCACUGGUGCUCAGUCUUAGACAGGAGCUUUACAUCCAGGACUAUGACGCUAUCGACUGGCCGGCUCAGAGGAACAAUGUGGCGGCGUGUGACAUGUACACGCCUCACAGCACACUGCUGAACGUCGCCUACGUGGUGCUGAACAUGUACGAGGCCCAUCACAGCGGCACGCUGAGGGGGAUGGCGGUCAAGGAGCUGUACGACCACAUCCAGGCCGACGACCGUUUCACCAAGUGCAUCAGUAUCGGACCGAUUUCCAAGACCAUCAACAUGCUGGUUCGGUGGUACGUUGACGGUCCCUCAUCCGCGACCUUCCAGGAGCACGUGUCCAGGAUCCCAGACUAUCUCUGGUUGGGCCUGGACGGUAUGAAGAUGCAGGGCACCAAUGGAUCUCAACUCUGGGAUACUUGCUUCGCAGUCCAAGCUUUCCUGGAGGCAGGAGCCCAGGACAGUCCAGAACUUGCCAAGUGUCUGCAUCAUGCGCACCAGUUCCUCUCCAUCACACAGAUUCCAGACAAUCCUCCGGAAUACCAGAAGCACUACAGGCAGAUGAAUAAGGGAGGUUUCCCCUUCAGCACCCGGGACUGCGGCUGGAUCGUAGCCGACUGCACGGCAGAGGGUCUGAAGUCAGUGAUGCUGCUGCAGGAGCACUGUGCGUCCAUUGUGAAGCCAAUCCCUGAGGAGCGACUGCAUGAUGCUGUUAAUGUGCUGCUGAGCAUGAGGAACUCUGACGGAGGCUUCGCCACCUAUGAAACCAAACGGGGGGGAAAACUGUUGGAGCUCCUCAACCCUUCUGAGGUCUUUGGUGACAUCAUGAUUGACUACACCUACGUGGAGUGCACCUCGGCAGUGAUCCAGGCUCUCAGACACUUCCAGAAGGCUCAUCCGCAUCACCGCACCCAAGAGCUGAGGUCAACUCUGUCUGAAGGACUGGACUACUGCAGGAGGCUGCAGAGAGCAGAUGGAUCCUGGGAAGGGUCCUGGGGUGUGUGUUUCACAUAUGGAACAUGGUUUGGACUGGAGGCCUUUGCCUGUCUGGGUCACGUCUACGGCGAUGGGGAAGUGUGUGAGGAGGUGCAGAGGGCCUGCCACUUUCUGUUGGACAUGCAGAUGCAGGACGGAGGGUGGGGGGAGGACUUUGAGUCGUGUGAGCAGCGGCGCUACAUCCAGAGCAGCUCCUCUCAGAUCCACAACACUUGCUGGGCCUUGUUGGGCCUCAUGGCUGUCAGGCACCCAAACCAGCAGGCCAUUGAGAGGGGGGUCCGGCUGCUCAUUGACAAGCAGCUGCCUAAUGGUGACUGGCCACAGGAGAAUAUUGCUGGAGUGUUCAACAAGAGCUGUGCGAUCAGCUACACCUCUUACAGAAACGUCUUCCCAGUCUGGACGCUGGGGCGCUUUGCCAGUCUUUACCCCGGGGUUAAGCCAUACUACCAUGUCUAGGAGGCCGUGGAGCCUCCAACAAGA